CACGUAAUGUCGGCCAAUGGGAGUACCUGUUUUACUUCUGCUUUUGACGGUGGCCAUGUUUGUUUAAUGGUGGCACAAAAUGGCUGACGCUGCUACGGCUAAGAAAACGACGAAGACGAAGGCUCGAGGACGCGGCCGCCGCAGUACCCGCGGUCGCAAGGCAGCCACCUCCGGCAAAAAAGCUGAAGCGGCGGUUGAAGAUGAUGAAGAGUCGCUGCCCGCCGCCGAAGAAGAGGAUGAAGAAAAUAAGAAGGGAUGGUUUCCCACGACGAGCGCACACCAGACGCCGGUAACGCAUGACCACCAACCUCUCAAGUUUGGGAAUUUCGAUCUUCUCUCCGGGAGAUAUCAAGAUGCCGAAGAGCGCAAGUCGGAGACCGUGUUGCUGGACCCUCCGUCGUUUUCGCCGUUGACACGGAGCGGGCCCCCGGAGCCGCUCCAUCAAAACAAGAAGCUAAAAUGGGACCACAAGGUGAACCUGAUCGGAGAGAAGCUGAUCAACCCAAUGAUCCACUGCUGCGACAAGUGCAGCCUCCCGAUCAUCAUCUACGGACGCAACAUCCCCUGCAAGCACGUCUUCUGCUUCGAUUGCGCCAAGAAGUCUGACAAGAUUUGUUACCGGUGCAGCGACAAAGUGCAGCGGCUGGAGCCGAGCACCUUGGGCACCGUGUUCAUGUGCACCUUUGGUGAGAGCCGCCAGGGGAAGGACUCGUGUCGGAGGACCUACCUCAGCCAGCGGGACCUGCAGGCCCACAUCACACAUCGCCACCUGAAGAACGCGAGCAGCAAUGCAACGACUCCGCAGCAGUCUGCGACUGCGGGCCACGGACAUCCGCCCCAGCAGCAGCUGGCAACAGCGGCCUCCGCAGCACCGGCGCACCCUCCCCCCCGACACCUGCUGGUCCGUGACCCCCGGCAACACCCACCACCCGUGCCCGUGCCGGUGCCACACCCGCCCCCGUCCGCCAUGGACAUGCCUCGGGGAGCACCAAUGCAGCCCCCGCCACACAUGCAACAAACCCCACCGCCGAAGCCCCACCCCCCGGAGUACAGGGACAUGCCUCCACCCAUGAUGAUGGCCGCAGCGCAACAGCAGCAGCAGCAGCAGCAACAACAACAACAGAUGCCGCCGCCCCCUCGCUCAUACCAGCUCCAACCGUCCGGCCCGCCCGCUCAGAUCCCGGUGGUCAGCCGAUCCAACCUCAUCACGGUCCAAAUCCACGACGACAGCCACAAGGGAGGGGCAGGAAGUGGAGCAACGUUACCCCCCCAAAUGGCGGGACCGCCCCCUCCCCAGUACGCCACGCCCCCGCAUGGCGUGAUGGCUCCGCCCCCGCCGCAAGGGGCGUACCCGCCGCCUCAGGGGGCGGGGCCCCCCAUGAGCUACCCGCCGCCCGCGGCACAGCCCCCGUACACGCAGGCUCCACCCUCUUACACCACUGCUCCACCCCCUCCCCCGCCCCCGGCACGGAUCCCGCCCCCGCAGUUCGUGCAGCACCAGCCGCCGCCGCAGUUCGUGCACCCUCCGCAGCCUCCGCCGCCGCGGUUUGCGUCGCCGUACGAGGAGGCGGGGCAUCCGCCCACGUUUCAUUGGAGCGCGGCGACGAACAUGCCGCCCCCACCGCGACCAAUGGCGGGGCCUCCGCCCUCGGCGGGUCCGCCCCCGGGUGCAAUGAUGCAGCGGGAGCCGCAGUUCCGGCCGACUUACUACAACCAGUAGCACAUUUCGUCCGCUCCGAGCAUUCGAGAUGUCGCAUCAUUUGAACUGUCGGAUUGGCGUCUUUUAAAUAAAGUAAGCACGAAUCAGUCAUUCGUCGGAAUUGCGCAAGAAUUUUGUAUUGGUUCAUUGGACGCUCUAAGAACAACCCCUUAUUCACAGUCUUGGGUAAGUUAUAUUUUCAAAAAGUAAUUCAUAACAGUUAGUUAUUUUCAAGUAAAAGUAAUGAAGUUACCAUUGCAGUGACUGCAAUGAAAAAGUAAUUUUUUACAGCUAGUUCCUUCUAAAAAUUAAUUGCAGUACCGUAAAUCCCCCCUACCCAAGUUUAUUUCAGAAAGUGCAUGUAAAGUAGGCACAAGGCAAACAUGAAACUCAAAAUGUCUGUGAACACAUUUAAAAAGUGCAAGGAAUGGCUAUAUUGCACUUGCUCAAUGAUAUCUUAAUGCUCAAGAAACUGAAAAGUAAAGACAAAAGUAAUGUUCCUCUCCUCGUUACUUCUUAAGUAACGAUGAGAAAGCUAGCGUGUUGCAGUUAAGCUAUUAACAAAAUAAUGAAGUUGCAGUAAUGCGUUGCUAUCCAAGAGUGAUUAUUUGUUUCGGAGCAUUUUUAGGACUGCACGUACGUUCAUAGGUUGGUAAGUCAAGUGCCCUAAUGGAUUAUGCACGUGUGAUAAAUAAACAAUGCAUUGGUCAGUGCUCCCAGGUGCACGUAUAGGCAGUACUGUAACUUAUAAGAAGCCUUUAUAGCUAGUGUUCAUUUUAGUUUUUCUCGGUAUGUUUCUGAGGCAUGCUACAAUGUUGUCGUAAGGUUUUUAAUUAUGAUAGUGCACCAGCUUGCCUACGUUUUGACUUUUAUUUCAGUACUACAAUGCCUCUCUCAUGCGUGAAAAUGAAACCCACAAGUUUUUUCGUGUUUCUGUUCAUAAAGAGGCUUAUGCUUUCUAUUCCAUAUAUGAAAUAAUGUAAAAAAAACCUUGCUUCUGCGAGGCUGAAGAUCAUGUUUCUUCCUUUCCCAAAUUGUGAUGGUGGGAAAAGACACAACCUUUUUGUGCUUCA